GGCUAGCUAUCCUUAUCAAUGUACUGUACCUUUUUGCGGGCUUUCUAAUACUCCGAUGACAGCUCAGCAAGGGGCGCCGGCAACGGGCCUCAGAAGAAAUAUCUCUUUUCUCGCCGAUCAUUAGCGUGUGAAGUUGGAGGUGGGUAUACUCUGGGUUAUAUUAUCCCGUGGUAUAUCUACGUUUUGCCGUUUGUAGCGAAGCCCGAUAUUCAGCUGGAGGGGUCGAGUCCCCGCGCGGAGACAUGUCAGGCGAAUGGAAAAAAGCAUGGCCAGACCGUUUGACAGACGCUAAGUUCAGAGCAACUAUAAGAUGCUGAGCUGUGGCCACAUGCAAUUGAUGCCUCUUUUCCCUUUUUUUCGUCCUCACCUUGACCGCGGAUUGCCUGUCAGACUCGCUCGCCCUCAUACGGUGCGACCACAGACAAGCGAGAGCCAUGACUCUCUCCAGCAUCGUCUCCAUCUCCUGGUUGACAUUUCUCUCCACGAGCGUCCUGGCCCAACGCACCGUCGUCCCCGCGCACUUCACCGGCACCGAACAAAGCCACACGCAAUGGAUCUCCAACGCCACGGGCUUCGACGCCCCCAUGAACCAGCCCCUCAACGACACCUCCUUCGACUGGUGGUACUUUGACGUCGUGCAGGAGCCCGACGGGCGCGGCCAGAACCACCCCUCGAUGGCCAUGACAUUCCACACCACGGGCCGCGACGGCAUGGAUGUGUUCCAGAAUCUGUUUCCCCUGGGUCUGCCGAGUAAUAAUCUCAUUCAGAUCAACCUCAAUUGGCCAGAUGGGGGGAAAGAUGCGUGGGUUCUUGUUGGGGAUGAGGCGGUGAUUACGGUCGAGGGGGAUGGAGCGAGUGGGGAGUUCAGGGGGACGGGGUGUGCGUUUGAGGGGGAGGCGGAUUUGUCCGAGUAUACGGUUCAUGUGGACGCACCGGAGAAGGGGAUUGUGGGGACGUUUCGGGUUAGAGCGGAUGUUCCACCCCAUUACCCAUGUGGCCCAGCAGAGGCCGGACAAGACAUGCAGGUCGUCCCGGGCGUGGGCUGGAUGAACGCCAUCCCGGACGGAUACGGCGAGGCCGACUUUAGCAUCCGCGGCAAGCCAUUCAGUGUCCGCGGUCGCGGAUACCAUGACCACAACUACGGCAGCCGCCCCUUCUCGGAAUCCGCCUACUCGGCCUACUGGGGCCACGGCCGGCUCGGCGAGUACGCCUUUGUCUGGCUGACGGUCCUAACACCGACCCUCGAAGAGCACGUGUCUGCCUACGUGACGAAAGGAACUGAGAUCCUCGUCGCGCGCUGCGGGGGAAUCACAAUCCGGCCAUACGGUGAGCACUCUACGUACCCGCCGACGCGGCGCACGGGCGCUCCAGAGGGAUUCACGAUCAGCGUCGAUACGCCAGAUGGGCUGUUUGAACUGCAGGCGGAGACGAUUCAUAUCCAGAUCAACUUUGACUUUUACCGGCGGUUUACGGGGAGGUUCACUGGGACAUUGGAUGGGGAGCCGCUUCCGGAUGGGGUGGCGCUUUGGGAGCAGUUUGCCCUUGAUAAGGAGUAG